AAGAAAAAGAAAAAGAAAAAGAAAAAGAAAAAGAAAAAACUCAAAUCAGACAAGCAAAAUUCACAAUGGGAACUUGCGUUUCAACCCCUGCAGAUACGGAGAGCAAAAAGAUCGAUGUUGCGCUCAAGGCCGAUGGCAAGCUGAGGAAGCUUGAAGUCAAGUUACUUUUACUGGGAGCGGGAGAAGCAGGAAAGACCACAGUGAUUAAACAGAUGAAGCUCAUGCACGCUUCAGGGUUCUCAGCACCGGAGCGUGAAGCAUUCCGAGUAUUUGUUUUCUCAAACAUGGUCAGUGCUAUGCAGGCAAUAUUACAAGCCAUGGCCGAUAACCAUAUCGCCCUCAGUAACAAUGAGAAUGAGAAAUACCUAUCCAUCUUUGCAGAGAUGCCAAGGGUUGCUGCUGGCGUUCCAUACCCACCAGAAUAUCAAGAAGCAAUCAAAUCAUUAUGGAGUGACCCAUCAGUCCAGAUGACCUAUAAUCUCGGACACACUUUUGCGUUAGCAGACAAUGUGAAAUACUUCUUUGAUGCUGUAGAUCGGCUUUACAAACCAGAUUAUGUCCCAGAUGAUGCCGAUAUCUUACGGUGUCGAGUCAAAUCGACAGGGAUCACUGAAACGACAUUUCAUAUUGGAAGUCUCACAUACAGGAUGUUUGAUGUGGGUGGUCAGCGUUCUGAGCGUAAAAAGUGGAUCCAUUGUUUCGAAGGUGUCACAGCAGUAUUGUUCUUGGUGGCGAUUAGUGGAUAUGAUCAAUGUCUAGUUGAGGAUAAGGAUGCGAACCAAAUGCAAGAGGCGAUGAUGCUUUUUGACCAGAUUUGUAAUUCACAAUGGUUUAUCGAUACGUCCAUGAUCAUGUUUAUGAAUAAGACAGACAUCUUUCGGGAGAAAAUUAAGUACUCCAAAAUCGGCACUUAUUUUCCAGACUAUAAUGGUCGAGAAGGAGACUAUCACGAUGCCACAGAGUUUUUCCAAGUACGGUUUAUGCGUCUAAAUCGGAGUGAACAUAAAGUGGUCUACGUCCACUUUACUGACGCGACCAAUACAAAUAUGCUCAGGAAUAUUAUGGCCAGCGUCAAUGAUAUCAUACUCUCACGGAACGUCAAAGUCCUUGUACUUUAAUAG